CACAGUUACCUUUCCGGUUCUACCUCACAAUGUAAUUCAAGCGUCGAAAUCAAUGAGAUUUGAAACGAGGAGCGUGGAACCGGGCGCUUUAGCGAAACAGAGGUCGCUCGUCAUCGUCGACGCUUCGGCGUCGCUUUUUCCAUCAUCCCGCUCGUUUCGACGCCACCAUUGCCUCCGCAUCUCUCCGCAGCUGCGGCCCACGAAGUGUUAUCGCAAAGUGGUACCGGGGAACACACCCAGCCGUAUCUCCCGUGUUUUGAAACGCUCGCAUGGCUUACAAAAGGCUGUCGCCGUGGAAAAUCGGUACGGAAAAUGUCACAGCCUUGUCACCCCGAUGCAGCGCAAAAUAGUAUAUCGACCUUACGGCCUGCACGCGAAGAUGACAUAUUUAACGACAGCAGAUUGACGAAAUUC